ACCCUAACAAUUUUCUCAACUUCACUUUCUAUAUAUACAUAAAAAUUUCCAAUUUUGGUUCAGUAUUCCUCUUACUUCUCUUCAGAAGUUCAACCAAACGAAUCAAAUUCACUGAAAAAUCUUCUCAGUUUUAGUAUAAUCUCAACAUGCACAUACACCUAUUGCUGAAACACGUAUUCGUAUCAGUAUUUUUUCAUCAUUCGCUCGAUUUUAGGAAUCAGGGAUUUGGAGAUUUGAUCUUGUUUGAAUUGUUCUUGGAUAACAUAAGUUGAAACAAGUAGAAUUCAAUGGGGAGAAAGAAGCCUGUGCGUGAAAAAGAGAGUUUUGAAUCUUCCAAGCAGGGUGGUGGUGGUGGAGGAAAGUCGAAGAGGAAGAAUUGGGUGAUAGAUGAUGGUGAUUGCUCUGUUGGGACAGAAUUGUCUGAAGAGACAGUGGUUCUGGAAGACAAAGCUGAGUUAGUACCAGAGAUUAGUGAGAAGAGAGGUAAGAAAUCCAGGGCUGUAUUUCACGCCAUUGAUGAUGAGGAUAACGAAUCUGGGCAGGUAUCUGAGAAGUCCACAGUUGCCUUUACAGGUAGGAGUAGUGGAAUUUCUUUUAGUACUGCACUUCUUGACGAAGAAAAUGAUGCGAAUGCAGAGACAAUUGAAGAAGAUGAUGCACCAGGAAAUAUUUUUUCAGGUAAAAAGAAGUCAUCCAAGAAAAAGAACAGAAGUGCAUCUAUGGACACUGCAUACGGAAAUGAUUCAACCAAUGUCGCUGAUCAAGACCAUUGUAGCCUAGGGGUUAAUCGGGAAGAUGCUGAUGAUAAUAUAGGCAAAAAGCAGACAGCAGAUGUGUUGGAAACUUCAAAGAACAAAACUAAGAAAAAAAAGGGUGGGCAUGCUUCAAACGUUCUGGCAGAGCUUGGUGAAGGGUCAACAAUCACUGCUCCUGCUCAACCUGCUCAUUCGUCUCUUCCACGAGAGGAGAAAAGUCAACAACAGUCUCAAUUAGGAGAUGAUACAGGGGAAAGAGAAGUAGUUGAGGAAGAAGUUGUGGAGUCUGCUGCUGCAAAGAAGAAGAAAAAGAAGAAGGAGAAGGAGAAAAAGAAAAAGGCAGCUACAGCGGCAGCAGCGGUCUCUGAGAUGGAGGAAAAACAGGAAGCAACAAAGAAUGAUACCAAAGGAAAAUUGGCAGAGAAAAAGCAGUCGAAGCAGGUUAGGGAGAUACAAGAGAGACUUAAAAAAAUGAAGGAAGCUGAAGAAAGCAAGAAGAAGGAAGAAGAGGAAAGAUUACGGAAGGAAGAAGAAGAACACCUUCGACUGGAGGAACUAAAAAGACUUGUAGAGGAGAAAAAACACUUGAAAAAAGAGAGGGAGAAGGAAAAGCUCUUGAAGAAGAAACUUGAAGGAAAAUUGCUUACUGGAAAGCAAAAGGAAGAAGCUCGAAGAUUAGAAGCAAUGAGAAAUCAAUUUCUUGCUAGUGGCGGGGCUUUGCCACAUUCAACUGAGGAGAGUAGAAAAGAUGCAACCAAACGACCUAUUUACCAAUCAAAGAAAUCAAAGGCGCAAGCUUGGGUUAAUGGCAAAGCCAAGGAAGAGUCUGUUGGAAGUACAGAAGUGCAAGAAAAUCAGCAGGAAAUUGUCUCUGAGGUUGAGUCCUUGGAAACUGAGAAGGACAAGGAUAUCAAUUUGGUAAGUGUAGAGGAGAAGUCAGAAGUAGCUGAUGCUGAAGAAAACAGAGUUGAAGAAGAGGAAGAUGAGGAGGAGUGGGAUGCGAGAAGUUGGGAUGAUGCCGAUCUCAAACUUCCAGGAAAGAGUGUGUUUGAAGACGAAGAGCUAGAUUCAGAUCCCCAACCUAUCAUUAAGAAAGCUGCAAGGUCCGUUGUGAGUGAUACAGGACCUCUUGCUGCCAAGUCUGUAAUUCCUACUCAGAAAGCGGUUGCAAGUGUACCAGCUGUCACUAAGAAUGAUGGGAGUAAUAAGAGGGAGCCUGAGGUUAUGGUUUCAGGGCAAGGAACAGAAAAAUCUGGUGCUUCUUCAAGCAAGAGUGAAGACAGCCUCCGGUCUCCUAUUUGCUGUAUCAUGGGUCAUGUUGAUACUGGUAAAACCAAGCUUCUUGACUGCAUACGAGGCACUAAUGUCCAAGAAGGUGAAGCUGGAGGGAUUACACAGCAGAUAGGUGCAACUUAUUUUCCAGCUGAGAAUAUAAGGGAGAGAACAAAGGAACUAAAAGCUGAUGCCAAGCUGAAGGUGCCUGGAUUGUUGGUCAUAGACACACCUGGCCAUGAAUCAUUCACUAAUUUGCGUUCUCGGGGUUCAGGUUUAUGUGAUAUUGCAAUUUUGGUUGUGGACAUUACGCAUGGGUUAGAACCGCAGACUAUCGAGUCGCUUAAUCUUCUAAAGAUGAGGAAUACAGAAUUUGUUGUUGCUCUGAACAAGAUAGAUAGGCUUUAUGGAUGGAAAGUGUGCCGCAAUGCACCUAUUGUGAAGGCAAUGAAGCAACAGUCCAAAGAUGUUCAGUUUGAAUUUAAUACCAGGCUUACUCAGAUCGUAACCCAGUUCAAGGAACAGGGUAUAAAUACAGAAUUAUACUAUAAAAACAAAGAAAUGGGGAAGGAUACUUUUAGCAUUAUACCAACUAGUGCAAUCAGCGGUGAAGGUAUUCCUGAUUUAUUGCUAUUACUGGUCCAAUGGACUCAAAAGACGAUGGUUGAUAGACUUACCUACAGCAGUGAAGUGCAGUGUACUGUUUUGGAGGUUAAGGCUAUUGAAGGUCACGGGACAACCAUUGAUGUGGUAUUGAUCAAUGGUAUACUCCAUGAAGGUGACCAAAUAAUAGUGUGUGGCAUGCAGGACCCUAUUGUCACCUCAAUCCGUGCGUUAUUGACACCUCACCCAAUGAAGGAACUUCGAAUAAAGGGAUCAUAUCUGCAUCAUAAAGAAAUCAAGGCUGCACAGAGUAUAAAGAUUAAUGCUCAGGGGCUUGAGCAUGCAAUUGCUGGCACUAGUUUAUAUGUUGUGGGGCCCGAUGAUGACGUGGAGAAUGUCAAAGAAGCAGCUAUGGAAGAUAUGAGGUCGGUGAUGAGCAGGAUUGAUAAAAGUGGGGAGGGAGUUCAUGUUCAAGCUUCUACGCUUGGAUCAUUGGAAGCUUUGCUGGAGUUCUUGAAGACUGACGAAGUAAGAAUACCUGUCAGUGGAAUUGGCAUCGGCCCUGUGCACAAAAAAGAUGUCAUGAAAGCAAUUGUCAUGCUUGAGAAGAAGAAAGAGUAUGCAAUAAUCUUGGCCUUUGACGUGAAAGUGACACAAGAAGCUCGAGAACUUGCAGAUGAGGCUGGUGUCAAAAUUUUUAUUGCUGAUAUUAUUUAUCACCUAUUCGAUCAAUUUAAGGCCUAUAUUGAUAAUCUCAAGGAAGAAAAAAAGAAGGAAGUUGCUGAAGAAGCAGUCUUCCCCUGUUCUCUCAAGAUUGUACCUAACCAUGUGUACAACAAGAAGGAUCCAAUUGUCGUAGGAGUUGAUGUUCUUGAGGGCAUUGCCAAGGUCGGGACUCCAAUAUGUAUUCCACAGAGGGAAUUCAUUGAUAUUGGUCGGAUUGCGUCCAUCCAGAACAACCAUAGGCCUGUUGACUCUGCCAAGAAAGGCCAGAGGGUGGCCAUUAAGAUAGUUGGGUCUAACUCUGAGGAACAACAGAAGAUGUUUGGCAGGCAUUUUGAAAUCGAAGAUGAGCUUGUUAGCAAAGUCUCGAGAAGAUCCAUUGACAUCCUCAAGGCCAAUUUCCGGAACGACUUGUCUAUUGAAGAUUGGAGGCUAGUUAAAACAUUGAAGAACUUAUUCAAGAUACAGUGAGAUUCGUUGCAAAGCUUUCAAGUAGCUACUGCUUGGCUUUUUGUGGCACUGCGUUGGGGCUCAACAGUUCAUCAUUGCAAGAAACACUGCUUUUGUUGGGACUCAUAAUCAUAAAGGAUGUAAAUGCACUGAGAAUUUUGAUAGUGUUGGGACUGUUGGCCAAUCUCAGAGAUGAGUAUGUUAAGAGUUCAUGGCUUGCUAAUUCUUGUUAUUGCUUUCCUAAUAAAUUUCUUUUAAUUUUCUCAGAGUAGAUCACUAGUGAUAUAUAUGACAAUUUUAAUAGGCAAGA